GGGUCUGGGGCGGAGACCUGAGAAUAAUCAGGAAAUCCGGAACUGGCUUUUCUUAAUUCUUUCUCUUUGGUCUCUACUUCCUUCGUUCUCAAGGAACGACUCCUAGGAGAUAAGAGGGAAAAGACCGACCCUCAGUGCCCCGACGAACUGCUGGGGUCUGAGGCUGUCCAGUUUUCUCCAGCUACCGGUGAACCCUUCUCCCCAGUCUUCUCGCCUGGUCAUGGCGAAAUUCUGGGUCUGCGCUGCUGGCGCCAGCUUCUUUCUUGCAUUUCUGGUUUUGGAUUCGCGUUUUUGCGGCUUUCGGGUUGUAAAGAACUUUGUCUUUCAAGUUUCUUGGAGAACUGAGAAAAUUCUUUACCGGCUGGAUGUGGGUUGGCCUAAGUAUCCAGAAUAUUUUACAGGAGUAACAUUUUGUGUUGCAGCUGAUUCCCUCAAUGGAUUGGUUUACGUAGCCCAAAGAGGGGAUAACAUCCCAAAGGUAUUAGUGUUCACAGAGGAUGGAUAUUUCCUACGAGCCUGGAAUUAUACAGUUGACACACCUCAUGGUAUAUUUGCAGCCAGUACACUACAUGAACAAUCUGUCUGGAUCACGGAUGUAGGAAGUGGAUCCUAUGGUCAUACUAUUAAAAAAUAUAAUUCCUUUGGUGAUCUCGUUCAAGUCUUGGGUACCCCAGGCAAAAAAGGCACUGGUUUGAAUCCUUUGCAGUUUGAUAACCCUGCAGAACUGUACGUAGAAGACACAGGAGAUAUUUACAUUGUGGAUGGAGAUGGAGGAUUGAAUAACAGAUUGAUCAAACUGUCCCAAGAUUUCAUGAUCCUUUGGCUACAUGGAGAAAAUGGGACAGGACCUGGAAAGUUCAACAUACCUCAUAGUGUCACAGUUGAUUCUUCUGGUCGGGUGUGGGUUGCUGACCGAGGAAAUAAAAGACUCCAAAUAUUUGAUAAAGACACUGGGGAGUGGUUAGGAGAGUGGAAUAACUGUUUUACAGAAGAGGGGCCUUCUUCAGUCAGAUUCACUCCUGAUGGGAAGUACUUGAUUGUAGCCCAGCUGAACCUCAGCAGGCUCUCGGUUGUGGCAGCACCCCCGGUAGGCAGCAUUGGCAACUGUACUGUGAUCAGCACGAUCCAGCUAGCUGAUCAAGUUUUGCCGCAUCUCUUAGAAGUCGAUGGAAAGACCGGAGCAAUCUAUGUAGCAGAAAUUGGAGCAAAACAAGUACAAAAAUAUGUUCCUUUGAAUAGCUAUGUUCCCUCAUUUGUUUUAUAAUUUUUUUUUCUUGGAGCUAUUCAAACAGCGAUUGAGAUUCACAGAUUCAUGAAGUGUCUAAAAAUGAUGUUCAAGCACAAGAAUUUGUUUUUUACUUGAUCUUGUACCAAAGAAAUUGGGUUUUAUAUCAUAAAGACUCCUAUGUUAUGCUGCCGUUUUUGGGACUUGGUUUUUCCAAGUACAUACAGAUAUUUUAGUGAAAGAAGUGUAACUUUAAAAAGGAGUAAAAAAAAAAAAAAGGAACUAAGGUUGUUAUUUAGUUAUUUGCCCUGGUAAACUGCUUAUCCCUGGGUAAAUAAAAAGUGGGGGUGGAGGGGAAGAAAAAUGGGGUUGUGGGAUAAUUCAUUAAAUUGCAUAUGAAGAACUACAAACCUCCAGGUGGUUAAAUUCAGCUACUGUUCAGUGCACUGCUAGAGAGUGACCAAGAUGGGCUGUGGAUUAAUUUAAGCACCCACAGAGUGCUACGUCCUGAAGAUUCAGAAAUGAAGAAGGAUUAUCUGCCUUUUGAGUAGCUUCCAGUCCAGUAGGGAGACAAGGGACAAGUGGACAAACAGUCACAACACGGUGACAGCGACAUAUGAGUACAGUUAACUUUGGAAAUGAGUGUUGUUUCCAACCAAAGAACUCAUGGAGACUUUGCAAGAGAGACAUAAAUUUGAGUUUGGACUUGAAAACCAAAGAGGAGCUUGCCAGGGGACAAAAAGGAGAAAACAAUAGUGUCCCAAGUAGAGAAGGUAUAAGCAGUUGUAAACUCGCUGUGAACUUUGAUAAGCUUUUAGCCCAAAUUGGCUUUGUUCUUUUAGUUGUAAAAUAGUUAAUGUCACCUUUUAAAUGUAGGAAUAAAAUGGCUGACAUUUAAGCACCUUACUCAGAGGAAUUUUUACGAAUAACUAUAAUGUUUUAUAAAGGUAGUAUUAAAAAUAGAGGCUCUCUUUAUGCUUCCUGCUUUUUUCUUUCUUUUUAAAAAUGUUUAACCUAAACUCAGUUCAUCCUAACAUUGGCCUACCUCAAGUUUCAGCAGAGUUAUUAUAGGGAUGUGCCAAAUCUUUUGGGCUAGUAAGGUAAACAAUUUCCUGCCUCCCCCCUUUUUUUAAACAUCUUUUUUCCCUUUUCAAUGUUAGUUUUCCAAUUAAGACUUUUUUUCAGUUUGUUCAUGUUUAUUCAAGAGUUUGGUGGAACCUUGGCAUAUUAUAAUUGUUCUAAUCAUCCUUUCUCCUUCCUCUCAUCAGCUUCCCUUUUUAUCCCAGUAUUUUAUUGUAAAUGGUGGAACAUGUGAGUAAUCUUGAGCUGAUUUUGCUCACCAUCCAUUAUGGCUGUGGUCUUUUCCAAACCUGAAGGAAUCUGCUCAUUUUUUGAUGCUUGGAUCAGUUUUUGGAUUGAUUAGGAAGGUAAAUCAGCCAAUGGGAAGCACUGUCCUAUAUUCCAAGGCCAUUGAUAAAGUGUUUAUUCCACUGAUCAAACUCUAUGAUCGUGAAUGAGUUACCUUCAUUUUUAUCUUUAGUAAAACAAGAAACAUCAUUGCCUUCUUCCUUCGCAAGUGCUGUGAUGAUCAAAUGUUCAACGCAUCCCCAUGUGCCCUUUGAAAUCUGUACAUUAGAGGUGUUUUAUUAACAAGGGUCUUUCUAUAUGUGGUAUUUACCUAAUACAAGCUACCAGGUUUGCCUUAAUUUGUGUUCUAGCUUUUAUCAAAACAUAGCCUCUUGGACUUUAUGCAGUUACCUAAUAGGGUCAACUGAUGUGGAAGAAAGAAAUCAACUUGAAGGUUUUGUUUGUUUGUUUUUGGUUUUUGGAGAGAUUUUUGCUAUCGGGCAUAUGCGCUCACCAGAGAGACAAAGAGAGAAAGUA